AUAUCGCACAUCCCUAGUAUUACAUAUAUGAUAAUAGGUGACUGGGCACACUUUGACAUCGAUAAGUUUGAAAUUUCCAAUCAUUUUGUCAAUUAUUUCUGAUGUAAUAAUUUUCAUUGGUCAAUUUAUUUUAUUUCUAAAUGUAACCUGGUUUUGAUCUUGCAUAAUUGCAUAUUAUGAAAUGUUUUGAAGUAUGUAUACAAGGCUACAGAAAUUUAAUUCCUUUCACUUUUAUUCAGAAUAAUAAUUAAAAUAUUUAUGUUUUGACAUAUUGGUUAUUUUUAUUGUGAGACUUCUUGUUUCUAAUUGAGUUUAUAAAAAUUACCACAUAAACUAUACCUAUACCUAUUUUUUUUUUUACUCUUUACCAGUAGUUAACGUAGUUAAUCAAUGAGAUUAUAAUUUAUUAUAGCAAAAAUACUUUGUAAAGUAGUUGAAUAAUUUGCUAUAGAAUCUUUGCUUCUUUUCACCGUAGAUAAAUAUUUGGCAACUUUAAAAAUUAUAUCCGCGCGUUACUACUUCAAUUAUCUAAUAAAGUGAUAUCGAAAAUAUCUUAUCACCUUCUGUGCCUUAUCAAUGCUUAUCAAUAAACACUAGUGUGAUUUUUUCCAAGACAAUUAUUUUUAAGACUUAUAAAUUUUAUUGUCUUCAAUUUACUCUGAAAAAAAUUAAGAAAUAAUAAUUAUAAAGACUAGCUCAGAAAUGGGUGGGAAAAACUGUAAAUCGUACUCUAUUAAAGAUAGAAGACACAAAAAUGAAGCUAAUAUAUCGAGUAAACAAGAAAAAAUGGAGGAAGUUAUAGUCGAGGGUGUAGUGUGUAAAGUAGAGGACAUUAACGAGAACGAAAUGAAGCUUCUUCCUAUAGGUGAUCAAGGUCAAAAGAUUCUGCUCAUCAAACAAAACGGAGAACUUCAUGCAAUAGGAACAAAAUGUACUCAUUAUGGUGCUCUUUUACACACUGGUGCUCUUGGUGAAGGACGUGUACGUUGUCCUUGGCAUGGAGCAUGUUUCAAUAUAAAAACUGGUGAUAUUGAAGAUUUUCCAGGUCUUGACUCUCUUCCUUGUUACAAGGUAUCAGUUGAUAAUGGUCAAGUCAAGGUUCAGGCUAAGCAAAAAGAUUUAGCUGCCAAUAAAAAAAUCAAAGAAUUUGUCACCUGUCAAAUAGAUAAUUCCAAAGUCGCUGUUGUUGUUGGUGGUGGACCAGCUGGUGCAACAUGUGUUGAUAAUCUUCGCCAAGAAGGGUUCACUGGUCGAAUUGUUUUAAUUUGUAAAGAACCAGUGUUGCCUUAUGACCGAGUCAAGGUAUCAAAAAUUAUGGAUUUUGAUAUUGAAAAAAGUCUUUUAAGACCACAGUUUUUUUAUGAUGAGCGUAAAAUUGAAACAAAGCUUAAUGUUGAAGCCACUGAAUUAAUACCAUCUAAAAAAAUAAUUAAAUUAAGCAAUGGAGAAAACUUAAAAUAUGAUCAUGUUUUUUUGGCAACUGGAAGCAAAGCAAGAACUUUGUCAAUACCUGGGUCAAAUUUACAAAAUAUAUUUGUCUCAAGAAAUUAUGAUGAUGCACAAACAACAUUUAAAAAACUAUCUAAAGAUAAAAAUGUUGUUAUUUUAGGUUUGAGUUUCAUUGGAAUGGAAGUUGCUGCUUAUUGUGUCGGCAAGGUUAAAUCUGUCACAAUUGUUGGAAAUGACAGUGUUCCAUUAAAACCAGUUUUUGGUUUAGAAAUUGGUGAAAGAGCAAAACAAGGACACGAAGCUAAAGGUGUUCAAUUUAUUUUUAAUCAGACUAUCGCAAAAUUACUUUCAAGUGAUGAAAAACAAGUCAGCCAUGUCGAGCUUACUGAUGGAACAGUUUUGCCAGCUGAUAUUGUUGUUUUGGGUAUUGGUGCAAUAUUUUAUACUGAUUGGUUAAAGAGUUCUGGUAUCGAGAUGUUAGAAAACGGUGCCAUUGUCGUCGACAAGUAUUUAAAGACAAAUAUUGACAAUGUGUAUGCGGGAGGAGACAUUGCUUAUGCUCCAGUUUUCUCAUCAAACAAUGAAAGUAAGACAAUCGGGCACUUUGCCCUUGCUCAAUAUCAUGGUCAAAUCGCAGCAUCGAAUAUUUGUGGAAAAAAUACAGAACUGAGAACAGUACCAUUCUUUUGGUCAGCAUUAUUAGGAAAUAAUUAUAGAUACGCGGGUUCUGGACAAGCUGAAAAAAUAAAAAUAUAUGGAUCCCUCGAAAGUUUUAAGUUUUUUGCUUAUCACAUCAAUAACGGAAAAGUGGUUGCAAUGAGCAGUGUUGGAACUGAUCCAAUUGUGUCUGACUUUGCUAACUAUCUUUACGAAGGAAAAACUUUGACUGAAAAAGAAAUUGAACAUAAUCCAAUCGGCUGGAUGAAGAACAAACCUUUGGCUGUUCUCAAGAUAAUUUCUAAAAACGAGUAAAAGUUAUCAAGUUUUCAUAAUUUCAAGUUGAAACUUCAAUAUAUUUAUUUUGAUAUGAUUUCUUUUUCUUUUUGUUGCCCUGGAUAAAAAACCAUAGACAACUUCUAACAAAAAUAAUUUUGAUCAUUUUUCUUAAUUUUAUAUGUUAUUAUUGAAUACUCUAAGAGCCAGCCAUAAGCGUUCAACAUUCGGGCCAGGUCAACAA